AAUGAAAGUGCGUCGAUCCUACCGCUCCACAGUAGACAUGUGUGAAUCGUAACCAGCGCCAGCAGCGUAGCGUGUCCCCGUAAGCGUCGUGUGCUACGAGUGCCCGGUACUAUACCAGCAGCGUAGCAUCUCUGUGUGUUUCUCGUUCGAUCGUGCAGUUGUUCGUGUUGGUUUGUCUCCAACAAAUUGGUGACCCGCUCGUUCGGUACAACACAAAAGCACCUAAAAGACAGUGUGAAGCGUUACAGAAAACGAAAAAUAAAGCACCAAAAGCAACACCAAACAAAAUGACGAUCAACGAGCGUACGACGCUGCUGCCGAAGGAGUACCAGAAGACGUACAGCAUCGCCAUCCCGCAGGACGAUCUGAACAACAAUGUCAGCAACAUCACCGACGACAAUGGCGUACUAUGCGAGUAGUAAGUAUCCCUAAGUAACAGCCUGAGGGCACACCAAGCCGCACCGCAUCAUAUCGGGGAAAACAGUUGCUACUUUGUAGUUAUGACCGUUCGAUACGAUCUACCGCUUGUACCACUUAUGCUUACACCAAAGUGUGGUGAAGUACAUGCCCACGCCUUGCUUCGACAAUCGCAUUGCCACCACGCCCCAUUGCAAGCACCAUUUGUCGAUCGUUAUCGAUGAACGGCGGCAACGAUACGACAGGUAAACAGCGUAACGGCGGUCGUUGUAUUACCUUUCGUGUCAAUUAGCCUAUCUCUGGUAGAUUGAUUUGCAGUACCGUCUCGUUGAUAUGGCCCCAUUAAACUGUCCGAGUGUGUGUAUGUGUGUGUAUACUUCUGCUAUGCCCUCUUCGGCUCUAGUGCGCCACCCGGAUUUCCGCUCACUGUUUAUAGAUUGCUAUUCAUACGGUGAUGUAUAGCAAAUAGAUUAACCUUAUUACUCGUCAGAAGGAAAGGCAAGGAUAUUAUCAUUAGGGUCGAAAGCCUUAUCGUUCAGAUACACUGUCACUAUGCUUCUGAAAGCACAUAAGUACCGGGUUUAACCUUAUCGUAACGCUUGUAACGCUUAUAGUGUUACCCGAUGGUUAGUAAAACGACAGCAAAGCACAAUUGUGUAACAGUCGUAGUAGCCACUGGCGUUAAAUUAGGCGCUACGAUGGAGCCCGUGUUGAAGUGUGUCCCCUGCUUCCACGACAGCUACGCACUGACGAAGGAUGAGCUGAAUAAGUACAUUGACGACCCCUGGUGGAUCAAGAUGCGGUACUGUUGCUUUGCUACCUGCUGGAUCGUAUGUCUGGUCGCGCUCGCCAUCUCGCUGUACAUUGCGGCGGAUGCGCUGCAGCACGACGUCUGCCUUACGCCGCUGACGAACAACGGAACGUCCCUCGGCCCGGCCGACCUCAGCAUCAGCACCAACGCCAUUCCGCUCGUGGCGGACGGUGCUGUAAGCACGCCGCCCUCUUCGAUCGUGUUUACCCUGCUGAACCAACCAACGUCUUAGGAGGGCCCCGGUGGUGGUAGCAGAACGGAUUGUUUCCGAUCCGUCGCAUCGCUGUGAUUUUCCACACUCGGACAAACGCCAAAGCCGGAAGCCGAUGGCAUUAUUUAUUCUGAUUAUUAGACGCUAUCGUAGCAAAUAGUAGAGUUAUUGCACCGGGAUAGAUAAUAUGUCGCUGAGUCACGUGUUGCUUCGGCAAGGGCACGCGCAAAAGCCUGGAAUCUGAUAGCUUUAGCACGUGUGCCGAUCUCGAUUCGAUCGUAUCCGGUUCGGGUGCAGGUUUUCCAAUGCAUCUGGAAUCGGGUGAAGAUCGCUACUGUCGAAAGAUGAUGUAACGCGGUGGGACAUUUACUCAGCCCCGGCUAAUGUUUACGGUUAGCCCAGCGGUAAGGGCCGUUUGUUGAUCACGCAUCGUUGCAUCCCGUGCAACGGGAUGACAUUGAUGCCUAUUUGCAUUGCUGAGAUUUGUGGCGAGGAAGCUUUGUAUACGCGAGAUUGAUUGUAAGCAUCUUGACAAUAAAUAACCGACGUGUAUUUGAUUUUAAA